ACUGCACCAUUCAUAGCAGAACAACAAGGCAACCCACUUUUGCCUUUUCUUCUCUUGGUUCCCUCCCUUUCUUUGACAAGGGUCUGCCUCUAUUCAACUCUCAAGGCUCGUAUUGGUGUUUCCUGCUGAUUUGAUUCCAUAAAUUGACGAGGAAUGGUAUCAUUGCAUACGAAGUAUUGAGAUGUAAAUUUCCAUGAAAAAGUAUCACUCAUGGCCCUUUGGCAUAAUGGCUUAGAGAUUCCUUCCGCAUAGCAAAGACUCUCCAUUUACUUUUCAUCUCUUGUUGCUUCUCGCUGAUUAUUCCUUUAUUCUCAAAACUUCCCUUCAUUGUAGCUCUUUUAUUGCAUGCCACAAAGCACAGAAACUCUAAACAAAAUCUUUUAGUGCCAUAUAGAAAUGGAUGAAUUGGAGAGCCAAGUGAAAAUGCUUAGUAUAAAUAAUAAAGAAGUGAAAUGGAUGAAGCACUAUAGCAGUUGUCAUAAAAUACUACUGGUAGGAGAAGGUGAUUUUUCUUUUGCUGCUUGCUUGGGCAAAGCCUUUGGUUCUGCUGUAAACAUGGUAGCCACUUCUCUCUACACCGAAGUGAUCACGAUGCGGAAGUAUUCGAAAUCUGCAACAAACUUAACUGAGCUGGAGGAUCUUGGAUGCACCAUAAUUCAUGAAGUAAAUGUACAUAAUAUGAGAAAGCAUCCUCUCCUGAAACAGAAAUUGUUCGACCGGAUAGUCUUUAAUUUCCCAGCUACUGCUCUAAAAUGGAGUGAAUCAAACGAUCACCAAAUCGAGAAACAUCAGAGGUUGGUGAAGGGCUUCCUAAGGAGUUGCCAUGAUAUGUUAGAAGAGAAUGGAGAAGUUCACGUGACACACAAGAUCAAAGAACCAUAUUGUAAGUGGGAGAUUGAGAAAUUAGCAGAGGAUGUUGGGCUGUACUUGGUUGAGAAAGUUUGGUUCAGAAGAUCUGAAUAUCCAGGAUACGGUAAUAAAAGAGGAUCUGGUGCUAGAGCUGAUGAGACUUUUCCUGCUGGAAACAGCUAUACCUUCAAAUUUUCCAGGGCUACCUGACACAGAGCAAUCCCUCUGUAAAUCAACACUCUUAUUCCUCAAAUCAUUAUGCUUUUACUUUUUUCUUUGGCAUUAAUUGAUGCAUAGGCAUUUCCAACCCACCAAGACAGGCACACAAACCCAAAUUCCUGCCCCUGUCACUAAGUGGCAAUAACUAUUUUAAAUGUAUUAUUAUGAGAGAUUACUGAUACCAUAUAUAUAAUCAUGGCUGAAAUCCAAA